GCAAGCUGUGCAAAUUAGUUGAUGAGCGCCUGAUAAUCUCCACAGGAGAGGAGAGGGAGCGAAAGUCCCCAUAACUCUGAUGAGUAAGUAGAAGGUUACAUAGUGUGGAGAGAAGAUGGCGGACGAUGAGGACGAGGACUACUUUUUCUUCGGCACGCCCCUGCCGGAGCCGGAGGACCUCAAACCCCGCCAGCGCCAGGCCGCUGAGAAGGCGGGCCAGCUCAAAACGCUGCCGGUGUGGAAGCAGGAGGUCACUGAUGAGCAAGGAAGGAAAAGGUUCCAUGGAGCUUUCACAGGCGGUUUCUCAGCGGGUUUCUACAACACGGUGGGGUCGAAGGAAGGCUGGGCCCCGGCGCAGUUUGUCUCGAGCAGGAACCAGCGGGCAGAGAAAAAAGCGCAGGCCGCUGAGGACUACAUGGACGAGGACGAGAAGGAGGCCCUCCGAUCUCAGGCCCUCGCCGCGUCAGCCGAUUUUGACACCUUUGGUGGCACCGCCACGGAUCUCGCACGGCGGCAGGCAGAAAGCGAAACUCCAAAUCGUUCGAGCGCCAUUCCUGGACCUAUUCCGGACGAGCUCAUCGUUCCGUCCGCUGAGUCAAUGGGCGUGAAGCUGCUCAAGAAGAUGGGGUGGCGGCCGGGGAAGGGCGUUGGGCCCAAGCACGAGGUGGCGGCAGCAGAGAAACGCCGGGAGGCCCGCCGAGCAAUGAUCGCCCUAGCGCAGUCAUACGGCGCUGAGGUGCCCCCCGGCCUGGACGAAGAACCAGCAGAACCCCCAGAAGAAGAAUCAGACGCGGCAGAAGUUCCGAAGACGACCCCCAUCUUCGUCCUGCAACCGAAGAAGGACUUCUACGGGCUGGGCUUCGAUCCACUCAAGGGUGCGCCCGAGUUUCGGGCGGCAAAACGGGCGAAGACCGAGGGGUCAAAAGGUGUGGGGAAAGGGGGAAACCUGUUUCGACCGCAGGCCGGCAAGGUGGGCGCGGGGUUCGGGGUGGGCGCUUUGGAGGAGGUGGGGGAGGAGGACGAGGACGUGUAUGCGACGGAGCUUCCAAUGGACCAGGAACUUUUAGACGAGGAUGAGCAGGAGAAGCAGGCUGAAGGGAAGGCUAAAGCUUCCGAAAAGGACCUCAGUGCGAAGCUCGGGUUUAAACCAGGGCCGCGGGAUACCCUGCCGGGGUUCAGACUCGGGUCGGGGGAAGGUGUUGAGGUUCAAGAGUGGUUUGCGCCACCAGUGGUUCCAAAAGGGUUUGUACCGAGACACGUGUUCGUGUCUGAGGGGCUGGGGAGUCGGGGGGUAGCAAAGGCGAAGGAAGUGGCCCCCCCGGAUGAUGAGGAGCUGCAAAAGAGGAUCGAAACGCUGGCGGCGUUUGUGGCGAACUCGGGGGAGAAGUUGGAGGAGAUAGCGAGGGAAAGGAACAAGGGCAGUCCGGAGUUCGGGUUCUUGUUCGGGGGCCCAGGAAAGGAGUAUUAUGCGUGGAAGAAGAGUGAGUUGAUUAGAGAACGGGGCUUGAAGCUUCCGGAGGGGAGCUCCAAGGUCGAAGAGCCAGGCCCUGUCGACCGAGGGGGUUUCAGAAAACCAGCAGAGUUCGCGGGCAAAAGCGGGCGGGACAAGGCCUCGAGGAUGACAGCAGAAGAGCGGGGGCGUUUGCUUGGUGAGGCGCCGCUGCCGAGGAGCGAGGACGCCAAGUCGGUUUCCGGGACAGACCAGAAGGCGGGCUCGAACGGGGAAGCUUUAAGCGGGCCGAAGUCUGUCAUGGAUAUGAUUGCGCCAGAGGACAGGGCCCGGUUACAGGGGGCGCUAGCGAGCACGUUCACCAAGGGAGCGGCCCAGGACAUGGGUUAUGAUAACCGCGAAACGGUUAAGCCCUUUGCAGCUGAUCCCGCGAAGCAGGCGCGGUACGAAACGUUCCUGCAGGAGCGUUCCGUUGGGGGCCUGCGAAGGCCGGGCCGAAACGACGGAUUGACCGAAGAGGAGCGGCUGCGGGAGAAGGAAGAGUUCGAGACGACGGCCCAGUUGGCUAACCAGGGACUCAAACCCGCCCCCUCGCCUCCGCCCCCGGUUCACCCCGCCCUUGCAUUUCUGGGGGACCGCUUUGCCCCAGCGGGGGACACACCGGAAACCUCUAGGGGUUCCAUUAUGGACAUUGUAGCUGCGAUGCAGUCUAGCGCAGCGGCGGCGGUCGCUAAAAAGUUCCCAAGGAGGGAGGUUGAAGAGUGGCGGCCCGCGCCGUUGCUCUGCCGGCGCUUCAACAUCUUAGACCCUUACGAGGGUAAAGCUGCGGCGCCUGCGAAACCAAAAAGCAAGACGGACUCGCUCGCGCUGCUGAUGCCGCAGUUUGGGCAGGACAUAAAUCCGGAGCUUGCUCCGGGGGGGUCCGAACGGCUGGCGCUGCCACCCCCCCCAAAGCUGCAAGCGGGGGAGACAGCCGAAAUUUAUGUGCCUGAGAAAGAACCCGACGUGGAGUUUGAAGCGGAACCCCUGGUUUCGGGGAUCGACAAGCCGAUUGACCUGUUCAAGGCGAUCUUUUCAGACUCGGAGGACGAAGAAGAGGCACCAGGGGGGUUGGAGGUUUUGGGUCGGCCAGGGGAGAAGGCUGCCGAGGCAGCGACGGCAGCGCUCAACCGGCACGCGGCUUCGGAGUUUCUCGCGCAGUUUGGGGUGGAGCUGCCUGUUCCGCCCGUGGUCGCGCAGCCGGAACGGAAGGCGCCAGUGCUGUUCCGCCCGAAGAAGGAGCGGAACAACGCCGAAGGAGCAGAAUUAAACAGGGGUUCGGAGGCAGGGGUUAAAAUGAGGGUGACGGGGCUGUUAAGCUUUGAGGAGGAAGUCGGGGAAGGGCAGCAGCCGGUGGAAGUUACUGGCGGGGUUAAGGAGGGUGUCAAAAAAGCUAAGAAGGAAGAAGCUGGGAACAAGUCUAACGAUGGGGGUCUGGAUGCCAUUAGCGAGGAUGCCAAAGGGGCCGCGAAGAUGGCGGCUGAGCCGGGCGUGGCGGAAAGGAACGGAACGGUUCAGAGUGGAAACGGAACGCGCGGGGGCGUCGAAGCAGGGCUGCGGGAAGAGGACGAGAAGAGGGGCGGGAUCGCUGCUCAAGAGGAAGCGCACGGGGGCGUGGAUCUCUGGGCGGAAACUUUUGAAGGCAAGGAAAGUGAAGACGCAACAAGAAGUGGUCGGCAAACGGAACGGAACGAUACUCAAGAGCCUGGACUGGGCCAGGAAGCAGUCGUUCAAAAAACCGCAGAACAGAGCGAGGAGCAAAUGAGGCCUGUGAUGGGGCCUUUACCACCAGACAGGAGACGGGAGGGAGAACGCAAGGAUGGUUUAGAGACGGGGGGUUCGGGACGAUGGAGACGGAACGAGCGGAACGGAAAGGAAAGCGAAGAUGAGAGUUCGGAAGAUGAGAGGAGGCGGAAACGGAGGGAGAAGAAGAGAGAAAGAAGGGAGGGCGGCAGUCGGAGAAAGAGACAUCGGAGCGAAAACGUGGGUCCUGAAAGCGGCUCUGAUGAGAGUGAAGCGGAACGGAAACGGCGGAGACGGAAACGGAGGGAAGAGAGGCGGCGGAGGGAACGGAGCGGAAGUGAUUGGAAGGGAGAUGGUCAGAGGGAGUCCGACGAGGAUAACGGAAAGGUGCGAAGACACAGAAAGUCGCGCGAAGAAGCCACCGGAGAAGGAAAUUUCGGGGAGCAAGAGAUGGAUCGAAAGCUGAAGCGGCAUAGAAAGGAGCAGAGGCGGGACCAGAGUCGAAAGGGACGGCAACGGCGGUCGUACAGCGGUUCAGCCGACGAUACAGAUAGAAAUGAUGAGAAAGAUAGGGGAGGAGGAGGCGAGAAGGGAUGAGAGAUAAUGAACGCUCUUGUUGAUGCGAAGGGUUGCAGUGUUCUUGUCAAUUCCGUGUCUGAAGUGCCGACUGGCAUGUCCUAGUGGCACAAAAGUUGCAC